AUGGGUGUCCUGGAAUUUUUGCAGAUUCAUGUGCUGGGCACAAAUUACAACUGGAGUGGCUGGAACUUCCGACAGUGGAUAUUCUUUAGUGACACACUUUUAAGGAUAGGUGUGAUUGUUUCCACGUACUAUCUCCUUGUGGUGAUGCAAACGGUUAUAACGUUCUUUGUAAACUGCCCCAUUACGGCGAGGGCUAAAAACCGUGUGUACGGAUGGAUCCAACCCCUACCGCUUGUAGGGAAUUCAAUAAUUGGGUGGGCAAGGCGUGUGGACGAUUUUGUUUCCGUUCGUUUGCUGGAUAUCAUUAACCAAAUGAUAAAGAUAUCCAGGUUAUUGGUUCAGGUGAUUUUUAUUAGAAGUACCUUUGGUAAGAACGAGAACGUGGUUGUUUUCCCCACGGAGGAGAGUGAGGAAAUGAUGCUGUUCCGCCAACAAAAAAUUCUGACAACAUUGCUUAUAGCAAAUCACCGUUCAAUAAAUGACUACAUACUGAUCAACUAUUUGAUUUUACAGGGGACCGGAUUUUUGGACCCUCAGACUAGUCUGGUUUCCAUUGCUAAAAGAUGCUGGACUGACGAAAGUUUCGAAUUCCCGGAGGUUGAAUUUCUAUCUUGGGGGACCGCGAUAAAUUUACCGAAUUUACAGUUCUUCAAGAACUUGCUACUUAGGGAUGAAACAGUUUACGUGUCCAAAGAAGAUAUUAAAGCCGAGUUGGAGACGGGACCUAACAAAAUCUUUGCAUUAUUCCCAGAGGUGAAUAUUUUGACGACUGAAAUAAGUAUGAUGCAAAGAAAGUUGAACGACCAAUACUUCCCUCACGUCAAAAAAUUCUACAAUGUACUGUACCCUCGAUUCCCAACUUUCAUCAAUACGAUAAGAACCUUUUCUGAGCUGUGUUUUCCGAAGGGAGGAGGUGACAAGAAACAACACCUAUCCAACUCUAUCAAGAAAAUCGCUGGUGCGAGAAAGCUUAUUGCGGGGGAAACAGUGGGGACAAGAACAGAAACAAAUCUAAGUAUAUCGGAGGAUAAUUCAAAUACAAGGGACAAACCCGCACCAAAAAUUGAAAGACCAGCACAAAUCAACAGUUACUUUUACGAUAUUACUAUUGUUUACUACCGACCCGUGUUGCUGGAAAACGCUCACGAUCAUGACAGGGGGAAGUUAAAGACAGUUGACGGAUUUCAAUUGGAGGAAACAAUCCCAUCAUUUCUAGAAUUGCUUGCCCUACCAUGCGACAAGACCAGCUCCCCUGUAAUCGUUAUGGUAGACGUGAAAAGGUACGAAAUUGAAUCCCUUUUGUCCUUGAAGAACAAAAAACUGGAAAAAUGGUUAGAAUUGCAAUGGGAACGGAAGGAGGAACGGAUCUCCCAAAUUAACUCGAAGAUAAAGCUGAGAUAA